GCUCAUACGUUAAACUAGUAGCUGAUGUGCAGUCGAGGUUGCGCUUGCGCUUAUAUGAGUUUUGAUGCUGUCUCUGUCAUUCGGUUACUUGCACCGUGCAUUGGUUGAGCUGAUGUGUCAUUUGCUGUGAUUAUACACCCAAAUAGCAAAACGCAAAAACUAUACUAGGCAAUACAAAAUUGAUUACUUCUUUCAGUUAUUAACUUUUAUUACGAUAACCUAUGUUUAAAGAUUAUAUAGUUGAGUAUCUUUUGCUAUCAUAAUCAAAUCCUCUAUUGCACUUCUCGCUAACUUAUUCAAGAUUCAGAAUGUCACGAGAAAUAUUAAAAAAUUCAGCUAACGCAGGAUUAAAUAAAACUCUGCUCAGUAGAUACUUCAAUUUACCCCAACCUCAAGACAAAAUUCAAGCUGAGUAUAUAUGGAUUGAUGGUACAGGACAAGGUUUAAGGAGUAAAACGCGAACUAUCAGUGCAGUUCCAAAAAAAGCUACAGAAUUACCGGUUUGGACUUACGACGGAAGUUCAACAUACCAAGCUCAUGGAGAGAAUAGCGAGAUCUUUCUAUAUCCUAUAGCUCUAUAUAAGGAUCCUUUUCGACGCAACAAUAAUAUUCUUGUGCUUUGCGAAACCUAUAACUUUGAUCAUACUCCAACUGCAACAAAUAAGCGACUUAAAUGUAAAGAAGCUAUGGAUUCCGGACCAGUGAAAAUGGAGGAACCAUGGUUUGGCAUAGAGCAGGAGUACACGCUUAUGGAUUUAGAUGGUAGACCAUUAGGUUGGCCAAAGAAUGGUUUUCCUGGACCUCAAGGACCUUACUACUGUGGCGUAGGAGCUGAUCGUGUCAUUGCUAGAGAAAUUGUUGAGGCUCAUUAUCGCGCCUGUCUCUUUGCUGGUGUACCCAUUUGUGGAAUUAAUGCAGAAGUAAUGCCUUCUCAGUGGGAAUACCAGAUCGGGCCAAGCCUUGGUAUCACUGCAGGUGAUGACCUUUGGAUAGCAAGGUUUAUUCUUUUUAGAAUUGCUGAGGAAUAUGGUGUAGUAGUUAGUCUUGAUCCAAAACCUAUUAAUGGCAGCUGGAAUGGAGCCGGAGCUCAUACUAAUUUCUCAACUAAGACAAUGCGUAAUGACAAUGGUUUAGACGAAAUUAAACGUGCCAUCAAUAAAAUGGAAAAACGACAUGAGGAUCAUAUUCGCGCCUAUGAUCCAAACCAAGGAAGAGAUAAUGAACGUCGUCUGACUGGCAAAUGUGAGACAAGUAGCAUCCAUAACUUUAGCUCUGGAGUAGCCAAUAGAACAGUGAGUAUCCGUAUUCCACGUAGUGUAGCGGAUGAGAAAAAAGGAUAUCUUGAAGAUCGAAGACCCAGUAGUAAUUGCGAUCCUUAUUCUGUUACUAACGCUCUGGUCCGUACAUGUAUUCUUAAUGAAUAAAUACAUCUAAAUAUAAU